GCUCUUCAUCAAGCGAUUACUCCCACGCCGCCCCAUCUCUUCUUCUCCUCGUUUCCUCCGCCCCACCUUUCCUCUCCUUUAAUACUCCCAACUCAACCUCCUCCUUCCCCGCACAAUCUCAUUUUCUCUCAUUUUCCCCUCAAGUUCAGGGUUAGGGAGAAAAUCAUGGCUACGGCUUUCUCUGCUGCCAAGUUCGGCACCCAGUUUUUCCCUGUCGGCACCAGAUCUCACGAAAAUCCUCUCUUUGGUCAUCUAAAGACCCCCGCAUGCUCUUUUCUUGGAUCAACUCGAAGACUUCGCUUCUCUUCUGCUUCCAAAUUGAAUCAGAUCAAUUCCCACCGUCGAUCUGUCGUUGUUGCUGUCUCGGAUGUCGUUAAGGAAAAGAAGUCCAAAUCUACCUCCAAUCUGUUUUUGCUUCUAUUUAUUCCUGCGCAUUCUAUUCAGUUGAUCACCAAGGAGGAAGGCUUGGAGCUUUAUGAAGAUAUGAUUUUGGGGAGAGCAUUUGAGGACAUGUGUGCUCAGAUGUAUUACAGGGGAAAGAUGUUUGGUUUUGUUCACUUGUACAAUGGUCAAGAGGCUGUUUCGACUGGGUUUAUUAAGCUCUUGAAGAAGGAGGAUUCUGUGGUCAGCACGUAUCGUGAUCAUGUGCAUGCCCUGAGUAAGGGUGUCCCUGCUCGUGCUGUGAUGAGUGAGCUCUUUGGUAAGACCACUGGAUGCUGCCGAGGCCAAGGUGGGUCUAUGCACAUGUUUUCAAAGGAACACAAUUUGCUUGGUGGGUUUGCAUUUAUUGGGGAGGGGAUUCCAGUGGCCACUGGUGCUGCAUUCACAUCCAAGUAUAGGAGGGAGGUCUUGAAGGAGGCAGAUUGUGAUCAUGUAACACUGGCAUUUUUCGGAGAUGGAACUUGUAACAAUGGGCAGUUCUUUGAGUGUUUGAACAUGGCAGCACUCUGGAAGUUGCCAAUUGUGUUUGUUGUGGAGAAUAAUUUGUGGGCCAUUGGGAUGUCUCAUCUGAGGGCAACCUCUGAUCCUCAGAUUUAUAAGAAGGGACCAGCUUUUGGAAUGCCUGGCAUUCAUGUCAAUGGGAUGGAUGUUUUGAAGGUGAGGGCGGUGGCACAGACAGCAAUUGCAAGGGCUAGAAGUGGAGAAGGUCCAACAUUGGUGGAAUGUGAGACAUAUAGGUUUAGGGGACACUCAUUGGCUGACCCUGAUGAGCUUCGUGAUCCUGCUGAGAAAGCUCACUAUGCCGCUAGAGAUCCCAUUACUGCAUUGAAGAAGUACUUGAUUGAGAACAAUCUGGCCACUGAAGUAGAGUUAAAGGCCAUAGAUAAGAAGAUAGAGGAGGUAGUGGAAGAUGCUGUUGAGUUUGCAGAUGAAAGCCCUCAUCCAACUCGGAGCCAGCUACUUGAAAAUGUGUUUGCAGAUCCAAAAGGUUUUGGAAUUGGACCUGAUGGCCGGUACAGAUGUGAGGAUCCAAAAUUCACAGAAGGCACUGCUCAAGUCUAACCUCAGCCUGUUGUCGAUCUAUUUAUGCUUGCUUUUAGUUAUAAUCAUAUUUAGUUACUGCUAGCAGCCAUUUGUUUUACUUAGGUUGGUUUUGUGUCUCAGUUUUGGGUAAUGUAAUUUAAAUUAUUUGGGCGUAGAUUUUGAGUGUCGAAUCCAAAAGGGUUGGUUGGCAAUCUUACUCAGUGCUCCCCCUUUCUGUUUUCUAAUAAUAUAUUUGCUAUUUA